AUGGCCAAGCCUCACGGUGGUCGUCGUCGUCCUUCAAACCGUACAAAUCUAGCUUCUUGCGCUGUCGCCACUGUCUUCUUGCUCUUCCUACUCGCCGUCCUCCUCAUCGUUUACUUCACCGUCUUUAAACCCAAAGAUCCCAAGAUCUCCGUUAACGCCGUCCAACUCCCGUCGUUCGCCGUCUCCAACAACACCGCUAACUUCACCUUCUCUCAGUACGUCGCCGUCAGAAAUCCUAACCGCGCCGUUUUCUCUCAUUACGACAGCUCCAUUCAGCUUCUCUAUUCGGGUAAUCAGGUCGGGUUUAUGUUUAUACCCGCCGGUAAAAUUGACUCCGGCAGGACUCAGUACAUGGCCGCCACUUUCACCGUCCAAUCGUUUCCCAUUUCUCCUCCUUCGUCCUCCGCUAUAGCCAGCGUCUCCGCUGCCGUGGUUCCAGAUUUUCCGGGAAUGCCCGGUCCUCCGGAUUUCACCGUAACACCGGGUUCUCCGAGAAUCCCAGAUUCGCCGGAUUUUCCAGGAGAUCCAGAAACGCCGGAUUUUCCAGGGGACUCGGGUCCUCCGAGUUUUCCAAGAAAUCCAGGUUCUCCGGAUAAUCCCAGAAACCCAGGAUCUCCGAUUUUGCCGAGGAAUCCAGGCUCUCCAGUUAUGCCGGGGAAUCCUGGGUCGGGUGUUCCGCGAAGUAUGGGUCCGCCGGGGUUUCCAGGGACCGGUGCUCCUCCGGGGUUUCCAGGAAUCGGAGCUCCUCCAGGGUUUCCAGGAAUCGGAGCUCCUCCGGGAACGCCGGUGGGAUUCGGAGGAGGGACGGGGCCAACACUAGGGGAUGGAUAUGCGAAUCCGGGUUUCGGGUAUGCGAGUCGGGCGGGACCGACGAUGGAGAUAGAGUCGAAGAUGGAGUUAGCGGGUCGGGUCAAAGUAUUGCACGUAUUCACGCACCACGUGGUUGCUAAAUCGGAUUGUCGGGUCACCGUCUCUAUAGCCGAUGGCUCCGUCUUGGGCUUCCACUGCUAA